GAUAGCGUGCUCGAGAGCAAAGUGGUGCAGUCCGUCGUGGCUCCGAGCGAGGAGCAGCCGUUCCGACACGUCGGCGUCAAGUGGCGGCUGCACAACAACGCGCGCGACUUUGUGUGCGUGGAAGCCACAGGCUUCGCCACGAGCAGCAAGGGUGAGCAGGUCGGCUUCAGCAUCUCGCACUCGGUGGCGUUCUCGCAGAUCCCGAGCUUCGACAAGUUCGGCGUCGAGCGCGCCAACAUGUCGCUGUGCUGCCUGUUCCACCAGAAGACACCCGAGCUCGUCGAGUGCUACGCGCGCGGCUUCUACGACUUCCGCAGCGACAGCAACGAGCUCAUGAACAGUCUGUCGGUCAACGCGGUGGCCACGCAAUGGCUCAGCGUCUCCAGGAUCAUUGAAUGCGCAGAGAUGAAGAAGCUCGUGUGGCGUUUGCGCAAGAACUCGGGCCUCCCUCAACGGACCGAUGACCAUCGAGCCGCCUCUUUCCGAGUCAUCUUCGAGCACGGGAACCCGCUUCAUCGCGCUGCUGCCACAUACUGGUUCAAAGAAGGCGACACCACGACGAGCUCGGCCACGAUGAUGUAUCUCGUCAACCAGGACGCCCCAGCACGCCCCGCCAGCAGCGAUGACUUUGCCUGCAUGUCUUCGACUCAAAACAGCGAGCAAAUUGAGCCGAUCUCUUCUCCCACAAAGUCGACCUGCUCAAAAAGCCUUGCGUCCACGUCCACUGCGUAG